GAGUUGUCCAAACUCUAGAAGAAAACAGUGUGAUCGGCAGCGUGGAGGACAGAGGAGGGAAGUCUCCGAGCUGAGGCACAGACGAGAGGAAGAGGUGGAAAAAGAGGAGGAGGAGGAGGAGGCAGUGAGCCACCCACAGAGAGAGAGAGAGAGAGAGUCCUCACACACAGGCUCAGUGUUUGAUCCUCUGGCAGCUCUGAGUCAGUGACAGCUGGACUCAACAGAGGAAGAAAAGAAGAAGAAGAGACGCGGCGAGGCUGCAGGAGAAGAAGAGACGUAAACGAGAGGAAGAACAUCAGCAAACUUUAACACUUCAUCACUCAACUUUAUUUAGUCUGAGAGGAGCACACUGACUGAGGUGCAUCAUGGGAAGUCCAUAAAGACAUACCUGCGUCCUCCACGUCCACCCCCCCCCCCCCCCCCACCCCCCAGCAUGCUGGCCAGGUUCCCCCAGGGAAGGAGCUCUCCGGGUGGGGCAGGAGGGCUGCUGCUGCUCCCUCUCCUCCUGGGACUGAUGAUGACGAUGAUGAUGAAGACGACGACGGCGGUGAGUGUCGACGCCGCAGACAGCGAGGAGAGUCUGGAGAUCCUGGAAGACGACGAGGCCGUCAGCACCGAGCUCCUGGAUUCGAUGUCCUCCGAUCUGUCCAGAGUGUCUCCUCUCAGCUCCUGGUUGAUCUUCAGGAGAAACUCCAACAAAGGCGACAACCGGAAAACCAAAGGAGGGUCCAAGAGAACCUCCAAGCAUGGUCUUCCAGGCCCUCCAGGUCCUCCAGGACCUCAGGGACCUCCGGGCCCCCCGGCCCCGCUCCUGCCCCAACAGCAGGAACUCAUCGAGGAGCUGCAGCAGAAACUGAGAGACGUGGCAGGAGGAGUGUGUUUGCUGUGUGAUCGUCCUCCUCGUGUCUCCACCUCCUUCCUCAGUCGCCUCCUGCAGCCCGUAACCAUCCCCAGACGCAGCCUGCUGGAGCUGCAGCCCUUCAGCCAGCCCUCAGACUCAGAGCGGAGCCUCCAGAGAGGUCAGAGUUUUAACGUCAGCACCGGCCGAUAUGCAGCAGCCGUGUCUGGUUUCUACCAGCUGACCGCCAGCCUGCUGAUAGAGUCAGGUGACAGGGUUCAGGUUCGCCUCAGAGACAGCGUGAGAGCAGCGAUCUGCAUCGAGUCUCUCUGUCAGAGCAACCUCUCCGUAGAGUCGGUGAUGGGCGUAGCAGCUGCAGGAGGAACAUUCAGCAUCUUACUGACAGGAACUCUUUAUCUACAGGUUGGAGAGUACGUAUCGGUGUUCGUAGAUAACGCCACCGGCUCUUCCAUCAGCAUCCUGCAGGAUUCUCUGUUUUCAGGGAUCCUGUUGGGCGUCUGAGCUUCAUCACAGCAGCCGUCUCCAUGGGAACGAGUGACAUCAUCCAGGUCUCACAGUGCAGCACCUGUAUGACAUCAUCUACAGGACGCUGCUGUUUCUCUGGAUCAGAUCAGACUGGAUUAGUUUGAUGAACUCAGGAUGAACCAGACGAGACAUUUCCAUCUGAGUCUGGAUGAUGAUGAUGAUGAUGAUGAUGAUGCAGUCUUUAUUUACUAUUAAAGCCUCCUCAGCUGAUCUCAGCCGGGUGGAGAUGGACGACUUCCUGCUGCUUCAUGUAGUUUUUACUGAGCUCGCUUCAGCCGACAGGAAGAGGUGGAGUCAGGUGGCCUUUAUGCUUCCUGGGACAUUUUAUUUCUCAUGAGUUGAUCCCGAUGCUGAGAUCUGAUCGCAGCCUUUAAAUGUUCCCAUCGUGUCUAACUGCAGUUCAUUCACACAUUACUCUAGUCCCGGUUGGAUCUCCAUUAACUCUCCAGCUGGUUGUCAGAAGCUGUUAAAUGAAGUGAAGAGUCUCUGAUUACUGUGAUCACAUCUGACCGAAAAAUUAACUAAAAACAUGCAGAAAAAUACGGUGGCUGGGAAGUUCAAAACACUACAAAGAGUGAAACACUUUAACAAGACAAAUGAACAAAUGACACAAUGUUCAUGGAAAGGGAAACGUACCAAAUACUGGAAAUGACACGGAAGUGAUGAAGUGAGCAGCUUGGUUUAAUUUACAUUGCAGUUCAUUCCAUAGACUGUAUAUAAUCGACGUAACAUCCGUGACAUCACCCAUUGGUUUGUGGACUGCUGCUCGGAGGCCAAUAGUAUCGGAUCUGAGCAGCGCCAUCUUGAACAUUUCAGGUGCAUGCUGGGAAAAAUAAAAACAGGGAUUCUACUUAUAUGGGCAUCAGGAGGGGCAUGAGGCGCCCUCCUGAACCUGUGAACCAAUCAACCUGUCAAUCACCACGUAGCCACGCCCUAAUGCAUACCCUGCUUUAUCGUCACAUAUAAAAUGAGGGAGGCCAAAAUGUCCCAAAUGAACAUCAUACUGCAUUGAAGAAGGCUUUAAACUAGCGAUUGAGACCAUAAACACAUUUUGAAAACGUUUACUGAGGUUAGAAAUCAAGUGAGAAGUUGGUGAAUUCUCCAUUGACUUGUAUAGAGACGGAAGUCCUUUUGACACCAAAAUGGUCGCCCCCUGGUGGCCUUUUGACAGAAUGCAGUUUUAAGUUACUUCCACGUUGGCCUCAUUUCAGAGGACCGGAGCUCCCCGUCUGGCUCAUUCAUGAGUUAAGUGUUGUAUAAAUUCCACCACCAGGUGGAGCUGUAGAGUCAGUAAGAAACGAGUUGUGAAAGCGUCGAGAGAAGAAGAAAAACUCUACUAAACUAAAUGUUUAUAGUUUAUUUAACAGCUGAGGAAACUGUCAACGCUCAAUUUAUCACUUAGCGUCACUUCCAGUAUUUUGGUUCUUUCUCUUUCUGUGAAGCUUUGUAAAAGUGUUUCUAGGCAACCGUAAAAAAUCUGUAAUUCCUCGUUCAUCUACGACUUCACAACAUCUCAGAUUGACAUGAAAACACAAACUGCUUCACUGCAAACAGAAAGAGAGUCAGAAGCUUUUCACCCCGUUAGUGUCGUUGGUUCAGAUGUUUUAAAUCUGACUCUGGUGAGACGUCGUGAUGCUGACGUUGGUUUCCGUGGUUACACUGCUUUCAUCUUCUCUGUAGGAUGAAUUAUGAUAACUGCUCCUCUGACUUCAUGUAGCCUAACUCCUCCAUCUGAACAUUUAAUCUGUCCGAUACAUUCAUCACCAAAUCCCUGCCAAACAGAGACCGAGCUGCAGCCUGAUCUAUCUGUGUUCAUCGGACCUGCAGACGGAUGAAGACGAACUGUCACACUGUACGAAACCUUCAUGUUCUUCAUGUAGCAGAAACCUUUAAAACCAUCAGAGACUCGUCUGAAUCAUCUCCUGACAGCUGGACUCAGUCUAGAUUCGGGAGGAUUUUCUCGUUCACUUCAGCGCAGCUUUCCUGCAGCACCACCUGGUGGCCGUCUGAGGAACUGCAGCCGCUGCUCUUCACCUGCCGAGCGGCUGCUUUUAACCAAUAUUCAGUUUUCAGCAGCAAAUUAACCUUUAAAGAUAAAAACAUUGUUAAAUAUCAGCUGAACAGAAGCAGCAGUGUUUUUUUCUGUACAGAGAUUCUUUUUAUUUACUUUAUUAUAAUAUUAAUAUUUAUUCUCUGGAUGUGAUAAACAAGUUGUGAAUAAUUUGAAUAAUAAAAACGUUCUACUCUGUCA